AGCGUAUAUUACAGCGAGGGAGGCUCCAGGAAGCUAGGAGGAGCUCCGGCAAGGUCGACAGCAGCAUCCUGCCCCAAGUACAGGAAGACUGUAGCUCGGCCUCCGUUAGCUCGGGGAAAACCGACAAAUAUUGUCUUUUUAAUAGCGGUUGUAGAAGAAUAAACUUAGGAGGUGGCUGAACCUGUCCAUAUUUUACCCUCUUGUGUCGAGCUAACCGGCUUCGUUUUCGCCACUCAACAUACGGCUUUUUUAGCGCUUUUUUUUUUCUAACCAAGUAGUUGAGAGAACGGUAGUCAACUUCUGGAUCGGUGUGUGGGCCUAACGUGCCGUUCUCGAACACGGUUCACCCGUUACUUUGUGCGUUGAUUGUGCCAUGUCAGCGCCGUCGGUCACACCUCCCGCGGCGGCGGCAGCGGAGGGCGAGCUUCUCAGGCCCGACGCCGGGGACAACAUGCCGGGUCCCACGCACAGCCAGAGCCGCUUCCAGGUGGACCUUGUGGCGGAGGCGGCGGCGGCUGUCGAGGAUAAGUCGCCGAGUUCCGAAGCCUCCACCACUGUCCCGUCUAGCGAGAUGGAAACUCCCGGCGCGGUUCCGGAGGACCCGGGGACCAGCGGCGAGGAAGCCAAAGGACGGUUUCGAGUCGUCAACUUUGCGGACCCGAGCGAGGCGGGGAGUCCGGUCUCCCCGGACACGGCGCCGGCCGAGGGGGUGCGGAACGGGGACACGGUGAUGAGCGAGAGCAGCUUGCAUUCAUCCACAGGCGGCCAGCAUCACUACCACUAUGACACCCACACGAACACCUAUUACUUGAGGACCUUUGGCCAUAACACCAUCGACGCCGUGCCCAACAUCGACUUCUACCGGCAGACCGCCGCGCCACUGGGGGAGAAGCUCAUCAGACCCACCCUGUCGGAGUUGCACGACGAGCUGGACAAGGAACCCUUUGAGGAUGGGUUUGCCAAUGGUGAUGAGUUGACCCCAGCUGAGGAAGCUGCAACAAAAGAAGCCUUGGAAUCUAAAGGAGUUGUCAAGUUUGGAUGGAUUAAAGGAGUGCUGGUCCGCUGCAUGUUGAACAUAUGGGGUGUGAUGCUCUUUAUUCGAAUGUCCUGGAUUGUGGGUGAGGCUGGAAUUGCUUUGUCCUGCUUAAUUGUUGCCAUGGCUACUGUUGUGACAACGAUCACUGGUCUCUCCACUUCUGCCAUUGCAACCAACGGAUUUGUUCGAGGAGGCGGAGCAUACUACUUGAUCUCAAGAAGUUUGGGGCCAGAGUUUGGAGGCUCAAUUGGUCUAAUCUUUGCCUUCGCCAAUGCAGUGGCAGUGGCUAUGUAUGUGGUGGGCUUUGCCGAAACUGUCGUGGAACUUCUUGCUGGUUUCGAUGCCCUCAUGACAGAUGAACUCAAUGAUAUUCGAAUAAUUGGCACCAUCACAGUAAUCCUUCUCCUGGGUAUAUCUGUUGCAGGAAUGGAGUGGGAAGCAAAGGCACAAAUCUUCUUGCUCUUUGUACUCAUCACUGCAAUAUUCAACUACUUCAUUGGAACCUUCAUCCCUGUUAAGUCGAAGGAAUCUGUGGGCUUCUUUGGCUACGAUGGUUCUAUCAUGUGGGAAAACAUGGGUCCUAACUUCAGGGGGGAGACAUUCUUUUCUGUCUUUGCAAUCUUCUUCCCUGCCGCUACUGGUAUUCUGGCUGGGGCCAACAUUUCUGGAGACCUUGCUGACCCACAGCUUGCCAUUCCCAAAGGAACACUCCUCGCCAUAUUGAUCACAGGGAUAGUUUAUCUGGGAGUUGCUGUCUCUACAGGUUCCUGUAUUGUGAGAGAUGCCAGUGGAAAUAUGAAUGACACCGUCAGUUCUCAGUUCAUGGCAAACUGCACUGAUGCGUCUUGCAAAUUUGGCUUUGACUUCUCUGCCUGUAAGAGUGACAAAGAUGGCUGCCGCUAUGGGCUCCAAAAUGAUUUCCAGGUUAUGAGCAUGGUUUCUGGUUUUGGGCCCAUCAUCACUGCUGGAAUCUUCUCUGCCACUCUUUCCUCGGCUUUGGCAUCUUUGGUCAGCGCACCUAAAGUGUUUCAGGCUUUAUGCAAAGACAACAUCUACCCCAGCCUGACCUUGUUUGCCAAAGGUUAUGGCAAGAACAAUGAGCCUUUAAGAGGCUACAUCCUGACCUUUGUGAUCGCUCUUGCCUUCAUCCUCAUUGCGGAACUGAACAUCAUCGCCCCCAUUAUCUCUAACUUUUUUUUGGCCUCCUAUGCCUUGAUCAACUUUUCCGUGUUCCAUGCUUCAUUGGCUAACUCACCAGGAUGGCGCCCCAGCUUCAAGUAUUACAACAUGUGGGUUUCUCUUGCUGGAGCUGUACUGUGCUGUGUGGUAAUGUUUGUCAUCAACUGGUGGGCUGCUCUUUUCACCAACGUCAUUGUCCUGGGUCUCUACAUUUACGUCAGCUAUAAAAAGCCAGAUGUGAACUGGGGGUCGUCCACCCAGGCUCUGACCUACCACCAAGCUCUGACCCACACUUUGCACCUCAGCGGAGUGGAAGACCACAUUAAGAAUUUCAGACCCCAGUGUCUGGUGAUGACUGGUUACCCCAACUCCCGUCCAGCUCUGCUGGACCUGGUUCACAGCUUUACGAAGAACGUGGGUCUGAUGAUCUGUGGUCAUGUUCGCACGGGUUACAGAAGGCCUAACUUCAAAGAUCUUGCAACAGAGCAAUCCCGGUAUCAGCGGUGGCUGCUGAAGAAUGAAACAAAGGCUUUCUAUACACCAGUGUUUGCAGAAGACAUGAGGCAGGGUAGCCAGUUCCUGCUUCAGGCUGCCGGUUUGGGUCGUCUGAGGCCUAACACACUAGUGAUGGGCUUCAAGAAUGAUUGGAGAGAUGGUGACAUGAUGAAUGUGGAGAUGUACAUGAGUAUAAUCCAUGAUGCAUUUGACUUCCAGUAUGGCGCUGUUAUCCUCCGAUUGAAAGAGGGAUUGGAUGUUUCACAUAUACAUGGACAAGACGAUUUGCUGUCCUCCCAAGAAAAGUCAUCUGGAAUGAAAGAUGUGAUUGUGUCUAUUGACACGAGCAAGGACUCUGACGGAGAUUCAUCGAAGCCUUCCUCCAAAGCCACAAGCCUCCAGAACAGUCCAGCUACACAGAAAGAUGAUGACGAUGAUGGCAAAACUCCAACCCAGCCCCUGUUGAAAAAAGAUAAGAAGAACAUGACCGUACCGCUGAAUGUGUGUGACCAGAGACUGCUGGAGGCCAGCCAGCAGUUCCAGAAGAAGCAAGGGAAGGGCACUGUUGAUGUAUGGUGGCUGUUUGAUGAUGGAGGUUUGACACUGCUCAUCCCCUAUCUGUUGACCAACAAAAAGCGAUGGAAGGAUUGCAAGAUUCGUGUUUUCAUUGGAGGCAAGAUCAACAGAAUAGACCAUGACCGCAGAGCAAUGGCAACUCUGUUGAGCAAAUUCAGGAUAGACUUCUCGGACAUCACUGUGCUGGGAGAUAUAAACACUAAGCCCAAAAAGGAACACGUGGCGGCCUUUGAGGAGCUGAUUGAGCCCUAUCGGUUGAAAGAAGACGACAUGGAGCAGGAGGCAGCUGAGCAUCUGAAAAACAGUGAACCAUGGAGGAUUACUGACAAUGAGUUGGAGCUUUAUCGUGCAAAGACUAAUCGUCAGAUCAGACUCAACGAACUACUGAAGGAGCACUCCAGCACAGCCAACCUCAUUGUCAUAAGCCUACCAUUGGCCAGGAAAGGUGCAGUGUCCAGUGCUUUGUACAUGGCCUGGCUGGAGGUGUUGUCCAAGGAGCUGCCACCCAUCCUGCUGGUGCGUGGCAACCACCAGAGCGUCCUAACCUUCUACUCUUAAAGUACACAAGGAGAAUGUAUCUCAUCCACCUAGUGUCUGUUAGUGGACCCACUUUUAUAAAUAUAUAUAUUCAUAUAUAUAUACACCUUCCAGUUCCAGUCCAAACAUAUGUACCAUGCACACGUGAGGAGAUAUUAUUAUAUUUCACAGCUAUGUUCUCAAAUAAAGCGCCAAUAGUAACGCUAAGGAAUGGAUUGUGAUGGGAAAAGACACUUAGUUGAAGUAGAGUUGGAGGGUUUUUAAUAUAAACCAACUCUUCCUUUAUUUUUGUUCCUUCUAUUUAUCUCUUCUGAUUCAUACGUGGAAACGACCGAUCUCUGGUUUUAAAAGCAGUACUUUUGCACCCAACUUGCCAUGUAAUGUCCAAUACUUUUGUGGUCACACUUGUUAUAAAACCAAUUGGAUUGAGUUUUGAUGUUGAAGCAGUUUGCAAAGAUCCACUUGCUGGAAUAUUUGGAGAGAAGCAUGACGAAAGAAUGCUUCACAACACCUUUUAAAAAGCCUUAUGGAUGUGCCUUCCAGUUGAAUCAGAUAAUAUUCUGUAGAAUAUAAGAUGAAUUAUUAUAUUGCUUCGUAGUUAGGGUAAUGAUUUUCGAACUUGAUUUUUUCAUAGAGUGAAUUUGCAUGGAUUUAUUGAACAGUUAUUUCCCCCUUUGUCAACCUGUGUCUGGGGCCAACACGGUUUUCUUUCUAUACUCUUUUUAGUCUUCCUUUUUCAAGAUCUUCUUGUUUUUGAUGCAAAAGACACUAUAACGGUAAGCUCAUAGGCAAACAUGCCUGACAUCCAUAGAACAUUUUUGGUGAAUUGUAUCUGUCACUUGAAAAGUAGCCUCCUAUGUAGCUGCUGAUUCACUAAAUGAUUUCCUUCAAUACAUGCUUUUGUUUCUUGCAUUGUUUGUCCUUUGGGGGGAAAAAAACUCCACUACCCAAUAAAUUAGUAAUAAGUUAGCCUUAAUAGCACAAUUACCAAGUGAUGGAUUUCUCACAUCUUUUCACUCAAUAGUGGAUCCAGUUUUUGUCCAACUCAUGAAGUCCUGGUCCACCAUGUUCGUAGGGGUUACCGUAUUACUACUAUUAUUCUAGCUUGCAUGAUUUUGCAAAAGUGAAUGUGUGCUUAUGUCAAUUGACGGGCGACAGGAAAGAAAGGUAAUGUCUUCUUUCGUGGUAACAGUUCUUCACUGCUCUUUCAAUCUCCUUUUUAUAGCUUACAACAUGCAGCAUUUUAAAUGUCAACAAACUCAAAAAAUGCUUAUCUUCCAUUUCAUGUUUCAUGUGUGUAUGCAAGCAAUAGCUAGUUUUGGGGUGUCCCGAUCCGAUAUUGAUAUUGGUCUGAUAUUAUCGGCUUGCAUGUAAAACUGUCCGAUACAAGCAGUCCUGCAGCAUGUUUUCUUGUUGACAGCCAGUUCACAUCUAAAUGUCCUCCAAUAAGCACACAAGGUUGGUUUUUUUUCUGUAUUUUAGUCAAGUCAUUAACAAAAUGUAAACAUGGUAGGCUACUAGGAGCUAGCAGCUACCCAACAGCUAAGCACAAAAUAUUUCACAAGCUAGACCUAUGUGGUAAAAGUUUACUUCAUUAACAAAAUUGCAGUCUAAAGCAGCACAACUCAUGAUUCAAUUUUUGGGGUGACGAUUCGACUCAGACUCGAUCCUCAAUUCAAACUGACUCUUGCAAUAUUUUUUUUUUUUUUCAAACAUUUUCAAAACCGGUUACUAGUUACAAAAGCUCUUCUUGGCUGCUGACCUAUACACAAAGUGUGUUAAAGGCCUAAAAAUCGGCUUAUUAAAAGUCAAUUCUUGAACAUUUUGAAUCAAUUCAAAAUCAUAAUAACAGUUGCUAUCUAGAUGUGAUUCGCUUUUUCUCCCCCCCCAGACACACCUAUAAAGUAUGACUCCAUUAUAGUUGCAUGUUACUUACACAUACAAACUCAAAAAGUAGAAGUGUACUAGAAAGUAUCCAGUAACAAGCGUGUCCGCAUCGUUCAACUUACUGCGUCGUGACAAGCUUAACUCAGUGAAUUAUUGUGACCACUCGGUGUUGCCACAAAACAAUUACCACUUUAACUUAAAGACAGCAUAAGAAUAGAAUGGAACCCUUUUGUUGUCAUCAAAUAUUAGAGCAUGGCGAAAAUAGACUCUUAGUAGUAAACAAAUCAAACAUUUUCUAACAUUCCACACUAAAAUAAUACAAUUAUGUAUGAUUUCUGCUUAUAUCAUAGCAAUAUCAGUUACGGCCAAUACUCAAGGCUCCAAUAUCGGUAUCGGUGCUGAAAAAGUUGUAUCGGAACACCCCUACCGACAACCGCUGAGGAAAGUUGACCUAAACAGGUUUCACUGUAAUACACUACACACACAUACUGUAUGUACUGUACUCUAUAUCUCCGUCCACAACUAUGUCUCUUCUAAGGUUUACUACUGUAACUCUGCUAGUUGCUGGUCCAGCUGUGAGUCAACAGAACAUUCCAGCAUUAGCGUCACAAUACACUUAAGGUUGACCUGCGAUGGCCUCCCCCACUCGUUUGCCGUCUGGAUGUUUAACGAAGUGCUGGCUGGAGAAUAGACGUCACUCUUGAAGACUUGUAGUUGUGAAGAAUGUUGUCAUUAAAAUGUCAGGAGCAAACUUACCUCUAUGCAUUUUAACUUGUGCCGCCUACUUGUAAUAAAAGUCCAUCU